GUGCAGCGGCCCUGGAUGCACAGGAGCACCGCCCAAUGGGGUGGGGAAUCCGGGAGGCCCUGGCUGCGCAGCCGAUGCUUCUGGGAUUCCUCCGCCGCCUCCUCGCAGUGAUCCGACCGCUGAGCAGCAACGAAGCUCCAAGCAGAGGAACUUCUUGA